UUAAACCCCCAUCCUCACCCCUCCCAUUUUUACACUCCCAUUCCAAUGGCGCCGAGAAAAAGAAACUUUUCGCCUCCAUCGUCACUUCCUAUCUCCGUUGGAAAUUGUGAAGUGAUUGUGCAAGCGAAGAAUUUCACUUCCGAAUCAAAUGGUGAUACUCUCCAGAUCUCUCUCCCCAAAGCUGCCAAAGUCAGUAUUUCAGUGGUCGCAAAAGCAAGUGAACCUGACAACGGUGAGGGCGAAGGACUUGUGAAGUCUGGUAAUUGCUAUUUUGUACUUGCUCAUCCGAAAGAUUUAACUGGCCAAACUAAGUCCCUCCUGCAGGAGGUGUUAGCUCUUUACACAAAAGAGCUACCUGCGAUGAACUUUGCUGCCAAUACUGGAAAAGAAUCAAUGUUCCUUCAAAGAUGUGUUACCAAUGGGAAAUACUGCACUUUACUUCUCAAGUCCAAGGAUGAAAGACUAUCUGGAGAGGUCAUUGCAGCAAUUACUUAUCAAAUCAUCCCAGCUGAUACACAGUAUGCUGAAGUUCCUCUUGCUGCUGUUAACUCAAUCUUUCAGCGCAAGGGAAUUGGUGGCUUGUUGUACUCAGAAUUGAGAGAAAGGCUGCAUAGUGUAGGUGUUCAGACCAUACUAUGCUGGGGAGACAAAGAAUCAGAAGGAUUUUGGAUCAGACAGGGGUUUACAGUAAUUGGUGAGGUUGCAAAAAAUGGUAGAGCUCGCAAACUCCCAAUCAAGGCUGAUAUACGAAAAGCACUGUGCUUUCCUGGUGGUUCAACAUUAAUGUCGUCUCAUCUUCUCAAAGAGAGCUCAUCUGGAUCAGCAGAGCUACCAAAUCUAUGUUUACCAGUGAAACCUAUUCAACUGUCUCUUGGAACCCAAGAACUGAUUCAUGUUGCUGAGGGCCAAGGGCCUCUUUCUAAAGAAAAUAACCAGAUAGUUGAAAGUGGGUAUUACGAGUCUGAUAUAUUAGGGACUGGAAAGCUUCCUAUCGAUGGGUGUCAAGAUGUAGGCAUUCUGCCAGCUGCAAAAAUUUGCAAUGUGGCUAAUGCUUCUGGAAAACUGGAAGGUCUAAGGGAAGAUGAUGAGGAUAAUUUCUCUUGUUCAGUGGAUGGAAAUAAGAAAAGGGUGUGGGAAACCUCCUGCACCUCAUUGAUGUCAAAGAAAGUAAAGGGCACUCAUUCGGAGGACCAUCAAUCAUCUUCUUACUCACCUAGUUGGACACGUGAUGACGGAGUUGCUAAUUCUCUUGAUAGAAACUGCUUGUCAACUAUUGGAAAUAAUUUUUAUCCUGAUAUUUCACUAGCAAAUGAGAGUAAUAGCAUGCAUGAAAAAGUGGAUCUUGGAGUCGGUAAUAUCACAAGGAAAGAUUUUGACAUCCCAGAAAUCCCAUUUACAGCAAAAUCUCAUAGAAUUAUGCUGAUGAAUAUUGCUGAUGCUGAUAAGAAAUCAUAUCUUACCAAGAUAAUUGAAGAUCUGGGAGGAAUUGUCACUUCUGAUGGAAGCUUAAGUACGCAUAUUGUCACUGGGAAAGUGAGGAAGACACUAAAUUUCUGCACUGCUCUCUGUUCAGGAGCCUGGGUCAUCUCACCUGCCUGGUUGAAAGAAAGCUUCAAGAAGGGCAGAUUUGUAGAUGAGACACCCUUCAUUCUGAAUGACGAAGAUUACAAAACUAAGUACAGAGUUGAGCUCAAGAGUGCAGUCGUCAGAGCAAGAGCAAAUCCAUGUUCAUUGCUUAAAGGUUUCGAUAUAUGGCUGGCAACUCAUGUGCAACCUCCCAUCCAGACUCUGUCAGCUAUUGUCAAGUCAGCUGGAGCAAAUGCCAUCAGAACACAGAAUGAGACACACGAGGUAUCAAAAACCAUCUUUGUGGCUUGUGAGGAAGACAUGGAAGAAGCUGUAUCAGCUCUGAAUUUGGGGAUUCGGACAUUCAGCAGUGAUUGGCUUAUGAACUGUAUCAUGAAGCAAGAACUUGAUCUCGAUGCCCCUCAGUUUGCAGAAUCCCUUUAGAUUUGAAUAAGCUGACAGCAUGCUGCAUGGAAAUAUAUGUAUAUACUAUGUCCGAGAGUAAGUAAGGGUAGCCAAAAAAAUUAAAUUAGGUAUUUUUCUCUCCAAAUUCGUCGGAUGAAGAAAUCAAGAUACGAGAUUUCAGUUUCCUCUCAUUUCCUAUUGAGAGCGUAACUUGUUUUUGUGUGUAAGUAACUACUUUUGUGAGACGUAACUUUGUGGCAAAAUGAGUUGGGACUCGUUUUUUGGACAAAGAUAUCCUAGAAAAAGUUGGUGAAAACUUAUUCAUUUCAUUAA